AUGAGAGCCUUCACUUCUUCAUUUUACAGAACAGCGGCGGCUGCAAAAGCAUCGAAACCGUCCCAAUCCCUAAAUCCAAAACCUUCAUCCUCCCCAGGUAAACCCACAACAAACCCUAUAGACAAUCUCUACAUUUCGCAAAUCAUACGGCGCAAAGAUUGGUUCUUGAUCCUGAAUCAGUCCCUUACUUCUUCUCCAAUCAACCUAAACCCUAUCAGCCUCUUACAGAACCAAGAAAACCCAUUACACUCCUUACGAAUCUACCUCUGGCUCUCCAACACAAACCCAAUCCACGCAAACGACCAGACUUUAAAAACCGUCCUAGGUAACAUCCUCUUCCGUAAAGGUCCCUUAUUACUCUCCAAGGAGCUUCUCAAGGAGGUUAGAGACUCGGGGUUUAGGAUUAGUGAGGAGCUUAUGUGUGUUUUGAUUAAAAGCUGGGGGAAGUUAGGUUUAGCUAAGUACUGUAACGAUGUGUUUGCUCAGAUAAGUUUUCUUGGGAUGAAGCCAAGUACGAGGCUUUACAACGCUGUGAUCGAUGCGUUGGUGAAGUCUAACUCGUUGGACUUGGCUUACUUGAAGUUUGACCAGAUGCGUGGGGAUGGUUGUGAGCCGGACCGGUUUACUUAUAAUAUACUUGUGCAUGGGGUUUGUAAGGAGGGAGUGGUUGAUGAGGGGGUGAGGUUGGUUAAGCAGAUGGAGAGGGAAGGGUGUAAGGCGAAUGUGUUUACUUUCACGAUUUUGGUUGAUGGGUUUUUGAGGGUGGGGAGGGUUGAGGAGGCGUUGAAGGUGUUUGAGACGAUGCGGGUGAGGGAGAUGAGUGGUAAUGAAGCUACGGUUAGGAGUUUGGUUCAUGGGGUUUUCCGGUGUUUGCCGAAAAGGGAGGCGUUUGAGGUUUUGGUUGGGUUUAUGGAGAAAGAGUUGAGCUGUUUGCAGAGAGUGGUGUGUUGUGAUACUGUGUUGUGUUGUCUUUCGAGUAACUCUAUGGGUAAAGAGACUGCUUUGUUCUUGAGGAAGAUAGGUUAUGUGCCGGAUAGCUUAACGUUUAAUGCUGCGAUGAAUUGUCUUUUGAAAGGGUAUGAUCUUGUUGAGACGUGUGAGAUUUUUGAUGGUUUUGUUAGAAGAGGGGUUAAGCCAGGGUUUAAUGGUUAUCUUAUGGUGGUUCAAGCUCUGUUGAAUGCUCAGAAGUUCUCUGAAGGUGAACUGUAUCUGAAACAGAUGGGUGUUGAUGGGCUUAUAUCAAGUGUAUAUGAUUAUAAUGCGGUGAUUGACUCUCUCUGCAAGGCUAAACGUACAGAGCGUGCAGCUAUGUACUUAAAAGAGAUGCAAGGUCGAGGUAUUUCUCCGAGUCUGGUAACUUUCAAUACUCUUCUUAAUGGUUAUAGCUCGAGGGGGGAUGUGAAGAAGGUUCAUGAAGUAGUAGAGAAGCUUCUGGAACAUGGUUGUAAACCAGACGUGAUCACUUUCAGUUCGAUCAUAAACUGUCUUUGUCGUGUGAAGGAGAUAAAAGAUGCGUUUGAUUGUUUCAAGGAGAUGUUGGAAUGGGGGAUUGAGCCGAAUGAGAUUAUAUACAAUAUCCUCAUUCGUUCAUGUUGCUCCAUUGGAGAUACUGGUAGAUCAGUGAAGCUGUUUGCGGAGAUGAAGGAGAAUGGGUUGAGUCCUGACGUUUAUGCGUACAAUGCGGUUAUUCAGAGUUUUUGUAGGAUGGGGAAGGUAAAGAAAGGUGAGGAGUUGGUUAAUAAGAUGUUGAGGAGUGGUUUGAAACCAGAUAACUAUACAUACAGUAGUCUCAUCAAAGCUUUAAGUGAAUGUGGGAGAGAGAGUGAAGCAAGAGAGAUGUUUAGUUCAAUGGAGAGACAUGGAAUUGUGCCAGAUUCAUACACUAAGCGUCUUGUAGAAGAACUUGACCUGAGAAUGAGUAGACUCCCGAGAGAAACGAGUUCAGCCUCAUAG